AUGCCUUCCUUUCCGUCUAGGCCGCUGGUAAGGCCUCGGGAUGACGGCUUGCAGCUAAGCUACCAACUCCCUCACCGCGUGCACACGGCUAAAGGCUACCCCCUCCUCGCCCCCAAUGGCUCAUCCAUCAUCGUUUACGGUUAUGAAACUGGACUGAAAGUAAUAUGGAGAGGAGGAAGACCGUUCUCAAACGAGAAGUCUUCCACCCCAAGAGUAGACAGGCCGCGGAAACCCAGCAACGCCAAUGAUGAUGCGGUCAUGAUCAUCGACUCCGAUGACGAGAGCACCGCGGAGACUCAGCAUACUCAGCAGGAUGAGGAGCCGGACUACCAGUUUGAAGAAGACGAAUCCGAGGUGGAUCCGAUUCACCCUUAUGAGGAUGUACUGCGCCAGAUCGACAUACCCCUUGGGAGUAGAGUACUCGAACUGGCUGUACCUCGCAUCCUACCCGAAACAGCGCGCUCCUCGCUCGAUCCAUUUCCCCCAGCCUUGACGAAGGACAUUGUUGUCGCAGCUGUGUGCGCAGACUAUUCUACCCGCAUCGUAACUCUGCCUCUGUUGCCCCCCCACCCUACGCAGAGUGAAAUUGGAAUCCAGACGGUCUCAAUCAGCGGCGGAGUUUCUCACCAGGAGACACCCAGGGGAGUCAGUGCGACCUUUACCUAUCAGGAAUUCGAUCAACAGGAUCAGGAUUCUUCUCGAACCCAAGGUGCAUCCCGCUCGAGCACAGGCAGGUGGGAUCUUCUCGUCGCAACACAUUCUGCCGAAUCGUCGGGUCUUCUCAUCGUCCAUCGGAUCCCGAUUACAGAGGAGGAAACGGCGAGCGGUGCUGUAUAUCAUCUGCGCGAUGAUGAAAUUGAGACUAGGCGACGGUACUUGCCAGCCCCUGCGGUGAACGUCUCAUUCAAUCCGUCCGGCUACCCAGCACCACGACACUCCACGUUGCUUGUCGCAUUCCAUAGCGGGUGUCUCAAGAUAUACUCCUGCUUCACUGUGAAGCCACUCAAGGCCUCGCGAAGGUCGUCCGCUCCCCAGAGCGACUUUGAGACGUCAGAGACGGAAGGCAGGUGGUUGAUCAGUCUUUACCCUGGUUUUGAGCAGUCUGCUUCGGGACUCGCGCGGCGGAAAACCAUCAUCAACGCGGAAUGGGUGCUCGGGGGACGUGCCAUCUUGGUCCUGACGUCAGAUGGGGAAUGGGGGGUCUGGGAUAUCGAGGGGGCCGGCCCUGGGACCAUCAAAGGCCCACUUCAGCGUCAGUCCAGUGUGCAGGGGGUGACUGGAGGUUCUUUGACCGCGUUUUCCGUCAGCGGUCGGAUCUUGAGCCCUUUGCCUGGCGCCAGCCGUUCCGAGAUGAGUGGACCAACCUUCGAACAACGACCCAGGUUCGCGCCCUUGACACCAUCUACGAAACGGUUGCGUGAAGAUACAUUGCUAAAGGGCGGCUCCACUGGAACAGCCAGCCCUUCCCUUAGUGGAGCUAUCUCGGUGUACCAGACUAACUCCUGGAAGGAUGCACUGCCCGAUGAAUCGAUCUUGCUGCAGCAUGGCGACCAAAGCGCGGUCAUCCCCAGUCUACUAUCUUUGUGGCGCAACACCGUCAAGGCCAGUGGCACGUUCGAUGCGUCCAAUCGCUGCCGGGUCUCUCCCAUCCAAGAUAUAUCGUUGAUGGGAGAACGCUUGAAAGGAAUCGGACACCUCCCGGCGGCCUCCCGCCAUACUUGCGGGCAAAGCUUCGAUAUGCUUCUAACCGCCGAACACCGGGUGGUGAUUCUCGCCCCGAGACUAACUGAGCCACAGCCCGCCCCUAUCCCUCGAGCGCCACUCGUUGAAACGUUGACUACGGAAACGGAUCAGCAGAUGCUUCAAAAGGGACAGCUCGGUGUUGACGGAAUGGACCGGCUACUGAGUGGCAUGGCCAGCACGAAGCGAUCCCUCCGCAUAGGGAGCCCAAUCAAGCGCGCGCGGAUCUUUACUUAG